GUCCCUUUGUUGGUCUUUGGGUGCUUGCGUGGAGGCACCUAGCUCGCCAGGAUAAAAAAAAAAAGGAUUGCCAAGGCAGAACGCAAUGCAAUCCUCUUGAUACGAGCCCUUCUCGCGAGUCACGCAUAAUCGUUCUUCCUCCUUUCCUGAGAGGACCACUGGAGGACGUACUCGUAUCAUGUCGCCCUCAUCAAGGCACUGGCACUGUCCGGCGUCGUUAUCAACGCUGCGACGUCUCACAAGCAGCAAUCUCGCCUGUCCGCGACAAAGUCUCCCUCGACCUCGAGAUUUUGGCACCAAAUCAGGAUUAUUAUUAUUGACCAAACAGCAUCAGCCGCAGCAAUCCAAGCAAUCGUGGCAAUCCAGGCAGUUCCGAGCUUCUGACUGGUCCUCGAGGUCCUGGUCCCGGUCCCAGUUCCAUACUCGUAGAUCUGCUUCCGGGAUCUGGUGUGUGUCUUUGCACACUACUACUCGGACCCUCUCUUUCCCACCUUCACCGUCACCGUCAUCCUCAUCCUUCAAUUCGUCCGAUAUCUCAAUAUCUCGCCGACUCUCAUUUUCUGCACGACGACUAUUUAGUAGCUCCAAACACCCACAGGAGCUUCAAGUUCUUGACGAAUCCGACUCUUCGACAACAGCAGACAGCAACGACGAAAGCGAAGAAACCGAGUUCAAACCAAGCACGAUGCCUUCAUCACCGCCCAACACCGAGGACGCCUACAGCAAGGCCUUCAACAACAACUCGGCCUGGCGCCGCUCCCUCGCCGAGACCGACCCGGAACUCUUCGAGUCCCUGGGCAAAGGCCAAUCCCCUCAGAUCCUGUGGAUCGGCUGCGCCGACUCACGCUGCCCGGAAACCACCAUUCUCGGCCUCAAACCGGGCGAGAUCUUCUGCCACCGCAACAUCGCCAACAUCCUGACCGCCACGGACAUCAACUCGCUGUCCGUCAUCCAGUUUGCCGUCCAGUACCUCAAGGUCAAGCACAUCAUCAUCUGCGGCCACACCUCGUGCGGAGGCAUCGCCGCCGCCCUGGACAACAAGAAACUCGGCCUGAUCGACACCUGGCUGAUGCCGUUGCGGGCCAUCCGCCAGGAAAACUUGACCUUGCUCAACAGUCUCGACCCCAAGGAGCGCGCGUUGAAGUUGGUUGAGUUGAACGUGCGCAAUGGCGCAAAGGUCCUGUCCGAGAAUCCUAUCGUCAUUGACGCCAUGCAAGAACGUGGCUUGCAGAUCCAUGGCCUCAUCUACAACGUCGGCACCGGCGAGUUGAGGGAACUCGAUAUUGGAGAGGACGACGAGAUUGUCAAGAGUCGCCAGAUCGCGUUCAAGACUGAAUGAGUCUCUCAAGUCACCGUCAGUGUGUAGAUGAAAGGGCAGCUGUGUGUUGAACAACACAUUUGUCAAACGCGUGUUCGAACUGUCCAAGUGCCGGAAUAGGACGUUCAAAUUUUGUGAUAUGGUUAGCGAGAAGGUGUUUUCUUACGGCAAGGGACAGCGUGACCCGCGUGACCCGACUACGCGACGGAUGGAGGAAGAUCUAUUCUCAACGAAUCAAGAAACUUUCAUGAUUUAGAAACCUUGCCAUUAUCGAAAUCUCUA